CCCCCCCUUGAGUAGGUAGUAUCAGUCUCUCUUUGUGCUUCCAGUCUGCCUUUUUCCUCCUCCCUUUUUUUUUUAUAUAAUAUAUAAUUAUAAAUACAAUGAAAUUUUUAUCUGUUCUUGUUCUUGUUCCUGUUUGUUUAUAGUAGCAAUAACUCCUCUCUUUUCUUCUCUUUCUCCAAACUCUGAAUUAGAUGAAAGCACAGACUCUCUAUCAGAACAAGCUUUAAUGUCCACCCACCUCUUCUUCUAACCCCAUUUCUCUUUCUCUCUCUCUCCCCUUCACUCUGUUUUCUCUCUCACAUACUCACACAGUUUCACUCACUCCAUUCACUCUUACAUUCAGAGCCCUGCCUUCAAUUUGUUUUUGUUUCUUACUUCACAUUUAACUCUUUGUUGUUGAUUUUGUAAGAAAUAAAGAAAAAAAAAUAGCAGAGACCCCCCAUUGAAAAGAAAGAGAGAAAGAAACCAUUUUUAAUUCUCUGUUUUGCAUGUAAAUUCAGUCACCUCAGCCCACCAAAUCAAACCCCCCAUUUCCAUGUGUUUUUCAGUCCUUUCAGAUCUAUAAGCAUUGAGUUUUUUUUGCCUUUGCUUCAUUCUUCUCCUCUGUUUUUUUUAGUACUUCAAUUUGACUGAAGAUGAGUAAAGAAGAGUUUCUGAAGAUCCAGGUAUGGUAUACAAAUGUGGAAAUUUGUGCAAAUUUUCUUUUUUCCUUUUGGCCCUUUUUUUGGGUCUUCAAUUUCAAUGACUUUCACUUUAUGAGCUUUGCUUCAGUUGAACUCAAAAUCUUCCUAGAAACCUUUUUUUUUUUUCCUCAUUUUUUUUUUCUUUUUUACCUUUUCACUUUGUUUUUCUGACAGCAAGUGAAAUUCUUUGGCUACAUUCUUGGAUUAUCUAAAUUGAAGUCUAUUAUUUUGCCUAAUGAUUUUGUACUCUUUUGCUUGAGCAAGUUUGUUUUCAGUCUCCAUCUGGGAAUGUUGAUGAUGUCUAAAGUUUACAACUUUACUCUUCUCCUCUGUUUUCCUCUGUUUUUUGCUUCUUGUCCAUGCAGACAUGUGUGCUCAAAGUCAACAUUCACUGUGAUGGCUGCAAACAUAAAGUGAAGAAAAUCUUGCAGAAGAUUGAUGGAGUGUACAAAAUAGCUAUUGAUUCAGAGCUGGACAAGGUGACAAUAUCUGGAAAUGUUGACCCGGAAACACUGAUUAAGAAGCUUGCAAAAAGUGGGAAACGUGCUGAAAUUUGGGGAGCUCCAAAGCCUAAUAACAAUCAGCAGAAUCAGGUGAAUAAUCAGUUCAAGAAUCUGCAAAUUGACAGUGGCAAAGGUGGGAAUAACAAUAACAAGAAUCAAGGUGGUGGUCAAAAGGGUGGUGGAAAUAACAACAAUAAUCAGCCCAAAGGCGGUGGCGGCGGGGGUGGAGGACCAAUUGGCCCACCCGGCGGCUUGAACCCUAUGCAGUUACAGCAGCUGAAAGCUUUACAGGACAAAUUCCCGCAAAUGAAGGACCUCAAAAUGCCGCCGAUGCCGGCGAUUGGCGGCGGUGGUGGCGGUGGGAAUAAGGAUCAGAACAACCAGAAGGGCGGCGGCGGUGGCAAGUUCAGCAUGCCGGAAGAUGAUUUCAGUGAUGAUGAGUAUGAUGAUGACGAUUUCGAUGAUGAAGAUGAGGAUGAUUUCGAUGAUGAUGAGCUUGAUGAUGAAAUGGAUGACCUCCAGCCUAAUAAGAUGAAGCCAAUGAUGAUGAUGGGUAAACCGCCUGGACAGGGGAUGCCGCCGGCGAUGAUGAAUGCCUUGAUGAAUGGUCAAAAUCCACAGCUCAUGAAGGGUCCCGGUGGUGGUAAUAACAACGGUGGAGGAAAUGGGAAAAAGGGUGGACCCGGCGGUGGUGGAAAUAUUCCGGUGCAGAUGAAUCUUGGCGGUGGCGGUGGUGGCGGUGGAGGGAAGAAAGGUGGUGGUGGUGGUGGUGGGAAUAAUAAUCAGAACCAGGGUGGUGGUGGUGGAGGAGGAGGUCAGAAGGGUGGCAAAAAUGGUGGUGGGCAACCUCAGGGAGGUAAGAAUGGUGGUGCUGGUGGCGGCGCCGGCGCCGGGGGAGGUGGUGGUGCCGGCGGUGGUAAUCCGAACUUUAAUGUGAAUGGGGUCAAGAAAGGGGGUGGGAUGAAUGAUGGGCUGGGUGGCAUGCCAAACAUGAUGGCUAUGAAUGCUGGUGGUAAAAUGGGCCCCCCAGCAGGGGGCAUGCCUAUGGGCCAAAUGGGACAGAUGGGUAAUGUACCAAUGGGCCAAAUGGGCCACAUGGCUGCAGUCCAAGGUCUACCUGCUCCGGCAGGGAUGAAUAAUGGCGGCAAUGGAGGAGGAGGUGGUGGUGGCUACUUCCAAGGCGGCGGCGGUGGUGCUGGCGGUGGAAUGGGUGGUGGGGGUGGUGCUCCACCGGGUGCCGGCCCGGAGAUGAUGGCUGCGGGGAACCCGUAUUAUCAACAACAAAUGGCUGCAAUGAUGAUGAACCAACAAAGGGCUAAUGGAAAUGAGAGGUUUCAACCAAUGAUUUAUGCUCGUCCACCACCCGCCGUUAACUAUUGGCCACCCAAUCCAUAUCCUGCCUAUGGUUACCAGCACCAAGCCCCGCCGCCACCGCCUCCCGGAGAGCAUUAUACCGACGCAUUCAAUGAUGAGAACACCUCAAGCUGUAGUAUAAUGUGAGCGUAGGCGGUGCCGGCCGGCGUGUCGAAAAAAUGGAGAGGCAUGAAGGAUGGUUCAUAAGUCAAUAGUUGAAGAACUUUGAUAGUACAACAACUUCCUAGUAUUUGAUCAAUGCAUAAUAUACAAGAAAGUGAAAUUUUACUUUGAUCUUCUAGUCUUUUUUCUUUUCUUUUUUUUUUUCUUGAGGGUUAAUUUUAUUAAUCCUUAGUUUUUAGAUUUAAGUUUUUAUAAUAGAAAGUCAUGAUAGGUGAAAACUAGUAUAUCAAAGUUUUAGGGGGAAGGAUAUGAUGGAUGAUGAGAUGUUGUAAGUGGAACUUGGGCUAAAUUAUGAUGAAUGGAGAUGUUUAUAAUAUAUGUUCAUAUGCUUCAAAUUUCAGAAAUAAGACAAAGCUCUGAGAUUAUUCUUCUGAAAGUUCUAUAUAUCCAAAGAAUGAAUAGUGACAUUUUAUUCAUGUUGAAUCUUUUAAGUCAAAGUGUG